AUGGGAUCCCCAACGGUGGCCCCCGCGCCCCUCCUCGCCGCCGCCCCGGACGGCGGCGAGGCGGACGCCAACGGCGACCACGAGCGGCAGCAGCAGCUCCAGAUCGUCCCCUCCUCCGCCGUCCCCGCCCCCUCCAAGCCGCCCGAGCCGGCGCCGACGGUGGCCACCCACACGCGCACCAUCGGCAUCAUCCACCCGCCGCCCGACAUCCGCGUCAUCAUCGAGAAGACGGCCACCUUCGUCGCCAAGAACGGGCCCGAGUUCGAGCGCCGCAUCGUCGCCCACAACCAGGGCAACGCCAAGUUCAACUUCCUCCAGCCCUCCGACCCCUACCACGCCUACUACCAGCACCGCGUCUCCGAGAUCGCCGACGCGCCGCCCGCCCCCGACGCCGCCGCCACCGACCCCGACGCUCUCCCCUCGGACGACUCCGCCGCCGACGGCAAGCCCGCCGACGACCACUCCGCGCCCUUCCGCGUCGGCCCGCCCGCCAAGGUGCUGGUGCCGCCCAAGGCCGAGCUCUACACCGUGCGCCUCCCCGAGGGCAUCACCACCGAGGAGGUGGACAUCGUCAAGCUGACGGCGCAGUUCGUCGCCCGCAACGGCAAGACCUUCCUGGCCAGCCUCGCGUCCCGGGAGAGCACCAACCCGCAGUUCAACUUCCUCCGCCCCACCCACAGCAUGUUCCCCUUCUUCACCGCGCUCGCCGACAUCUACUCGAGGGUCAUGAGGCCUGACGAGGGCGUGGCCGCCCUCAUGAGGGAGCUCAAGGAGGGGACCAAGGACCUCACCACGGUGCUGGAGCGCUGCCUCAACCGGCUCGAGUGGGACCGGUCGCAGGAGCAGGCCAAGCAGCAGGCGGAGGAUGAGGUUGAGAUGGAGAGGAUGCAGAUGUCCAUGAUUGAUUGGCAUGAUUUCGUCGUUGUCGAGACUAUUGAGUUUGAUGAUGAUGAGUUUGAGGGCCUCCCUGUGCCGCCUACGCUGGAAGAGCUGAAGCGCCGCAAGAGGAUGGAGACCUUGGGAGAGGAGGAGCCCAUGGAAUUGGCUGAACCAGCCAAGGAUGUUGAGAUGGAGAUGGAUGAGGAGGAGAUGCAGCUUGUCGAGGAAGGAAUGAAGGCAGCAAGGCUCGAUGAGAAUGAUGGAGGAGCACAAGUUAAGGUGGCCAGUAAUGAUGAUGAGCCGCCUAUGAGAAUUGUCAAAAACUACAAGAGGCCUGAGGAGAGGAUCCCUGCGGAGAGGGACCCGACCAAGGUUGUUGUCUCACCAAUAACCGGGGAGCUCAUUCCGAUCAGCGAGAUGGAGGAACACAUGCGCAUCUCGCUCAUUGACCCCAAGUACAAGGAACAGAAAGAAAGAAUGCUGGCCAAGAUUAAGGAAACCACUCUUGCUCCUGAUGAUGAGAUCUCCCGUAACAUUAUUGGUCUUGCACGUACGAGGCCAGAUAUUUUUGGAACCACCGAGGAAGAGGUUUCUAAUGCUGUCAAGGCAGAAAUUGAAAAGAAAAAGGAUGAGCAGCCAAAGCAGGUUAUUUGGGAUGGUCAUUCUGGGAGCAUCGGUUGGACAGCCACUCAGGCAAUGUCUGUCGGUGGAGAAGAACAGGGUGAUGCCUCGAAUGCUCCAGGUCCAGCUCCACUUCCCCGGCCUGGCAUGCCGUUGCCCCGGCCUCCCCAACCACUUUCCUUGGUCAAUGUUCCCCGAUUUACACCCAAUCCAAUGCCUUAUCAUGUCCAACCCCCUCAUCAUAUGCAAGGAGUUCCACCACAUAUGAUGUCCAACAUGCACCAACCUCUGCCACCAGGUCAACAACACAUGAUUAGGAUGUCAGGUCCCAUGGGUCAUAUGCCAAGUAAUAUCCCUCCGCCGCCUCCAGGCCAUAAUACUCAGUUCAUGCCUGGUCCACCACGGUUUGCUAUGCCCCCUCCCCCGCACAUGCAGAACAUGCCAACCAUGGUCAACCCCAUCGGAAUCCCCCAGCCUCCACCACCUUUGCCUCCACAACCACCUGCCGAGGAGCAGCCACCUCUACCUGAGGAACCAGAACCUAAGAGGCAGAGAACAGAUGAUGCUUCUCUGAUCCCAGCUGAGCAGUUCCUCGCUCAGCAUCCGGGCCCUGCUCGCAUCUCAGUUUCUGUGCCCAACCUUGAUGAAGGAAACUUGCGAGGCCAAGUUUUGGAAAUCUCUGUCCAAUCACUCUCAGACACAGUCGGCAGUCUGAAGGAGCAAAUUGCUGGAGAGCUGCAGCUUCCUGCUAAUAAGCAGAAGCUGAGUGUGAGGACUAGUUUCCUCAAGGACAAUCUUUCUCUUGCUUAUUACAAUGUGGGCCCUGGGGUGGUCAUCAAUCUAGCUCUGAGGGAGCGUGGUGGGAGAAAGAAAUGA